AUUUAAAGUCCCCACUGGGAGUUUUGCGGCCUUGUUUAGGCGCGCGAGGAAACGGUGCAACCUAGAAGCUAAUCAUGGCUGAUGGAGAGGAAAGCUCCUCGUCUGAGGACUCUGAAGGAUUGAGCACCAGCAGCUCCUCGGAAGACUUGCAGCAGGCUUGCUCAGACGAAGCGACACCUGGUAACCAAGAUCGAGAGCCCUCAGCUUCAAGUUCUCAGCGAGCCUCAAGAAGAGAAGUAAGAACCUGGAAUUCAGCAAGACUCAUUGGGCGACCUGAGAAUCCACCUGGUGCCGAAGCACGUGGCGGUCCUUCUGCUGAGUCUUCGGCAAAGUCUGGAGGUCAACCUAAGUUGCCCAUGCCUAAACUUGACCUGAGAGCCCUCUUUGACUAUCACUCCAGAAGGAAACAAAGGAGGCGCAGGCGUUGCAGAUUAAGCCCUCCGACAGAAGCGGCCACUAAAUACAAGAGCCCAGAGCCAUGUUCGAAGAGACCACGGCUCAGGGCCUCCAAAGAAAAGCAAAGGAAAAGGCCCCCGGGGAAGUACCUUCAGUUUCCUUUUGUGCGGAAACUCUAUGGGAAGGAGCACAUUCCCUUGAGAAUGGAGUGUUUGUUUGAGUACCCCACCGAACAUUCCUCGACGAUGGCGUCUGACGCACCUCAAAGACCUUCGACUUCGACAGCUCUGGCUCCGUCGAAGUCAGCCUCCGGUAUCGGCCAGCCAGCAUCAAAACAAUCGAUCCCAGUCCCUCAGUCCGCUUCUUCUACACCUGCAAAGAGGAAAGAAAAAUCAGACCAGGGCCACAAGAGCUCAACGAAGGGCACCCAUAAGUCCCUUAAAUCAAGCACUACUGUUGACGCUGUGGGCUCUGCGCAAAGUAUUCAAACGCAACCCACUUCUCUGGAGGCUCCAACUGCGGAUUUGCUGACAAAUUUGCCCACACCGCCUAUAGAACUCUUGGACUCUCCCAUUUGGCAAUUGAACCCCCCGUCGUCGGAACCCUUCUCUGAGACUCCGCCUUUCUCGAUAUCGGCCUCCAACAUUGAUUCACCACGAACAGCUUGGUCACCCUCUAGAUCCUCCAUUGCAACUGACCGAUCUUGUCCUCCGAUCGACACGGAGCCUUCACGCCGUCAUCGGUAUCGGCCUCCUGUCGACACCGAUCGUCAUUAUGCAUACAGAGCUGAUGCCUUCCGAUACCGGGAAGAUCACCGCUCGCGGAGAGGUACUUUCUCUUCAGAAAGGUCCCCUGGUCAGUUCCACCCUCCCGCUCCACAUAUGUUUCCUUGGGACCAGCGUCAGCUUUCCUUUAUGUAUGGUGCGUUUCCACUUUCCACCUCCGUACCAUGGCUGACUCCCGCAAGGCCAUCAGAUUGGGAUAGGCUGUCUACCCGCCGCUCACGCUCCCCCCGCGGGGUGCGCGCACCUCCGUCCGCUUCGAUAUCGAAGCCGCCAGAACCUCCCUGUGACCUCUCACCCCGACGUCGAUCGCCCGAUCAGUCAGUAUCAAAGCAUCCGUCAUUGACGCCUCCCCCUGCCCCAACAGAGGUUCCUCUACAAUUGCCUCCCAUAUCGACCCCGGCUUCUGCCUCUUCCGAAUCCUCCGGUGAGGACUCCGACGCCAGUGCUUGUGUGAGGACUCUGACGCCAUGUGACCUCUCACCCCAACGUCAAUCGCCCGUUCAGUCAAUAUCGAAGCAUCCGUCAUUGACACCUCCCCCUGCCCCGACAGAGGUUCCUCUACAAUUGCCUCCCAUAUCGACCCCGGCUUCUGCUUCUUCCGAAUCCUCCGGUGAGGACUCCGACGCCAGUGCUUCAGAUGCCCAUAGUUCCCCGGAUGAUCCUUCUCCGAAACCAACAAUCUCCGAUGAUCUCCCAAUCUCUCUUUCAGAUGAUGAAACAUCUUAUUGGGAUCUUAUCAAGCGCAUGGCUCAGUCUUUGGGCCUUCCUGUGCUUCAACCUCAACCUGUGGUUUCAGAUCCAGUGUAUGAUGUGGUCCAGCUUGACACUAUUGCCUUACCUAUGUCUUCUGUCCUACUUCAGGCUGCUAAAACGCCCUGGGACAAACCUUCCUCUGCUCCAGCCUCGUCAUGCGACCUUGACCAUAUGUACAAGGUACAAGAACCCGGUGCUGAGUUCCUUUUCAAGCAUCCCAAACCAAAUUCUACGGUUGUCACCUUGGCUUCAAAAUCAAAAUGGACCCAUUCAGCUCCAUUGGAUAAAGAAAGCAGGAAGUUAGACUCCUUCGGGAGACGCUUCUACUCGGCAGGCGCGCUGGGCAUCAAGAUCACUAACUACAUGGCUUGCAUGAGUAGGUACCAAUACGCUCUCUGGGAACGGCUGAGUGAGGUCUUCACCUCUCUACCUGAUGACAAGUGCCAACUAGCCCACAAGAUUCAGAAGGAGGGUCUCAUCCUGGCUAAGCAACAGUUAAAGACAUCAAAGGAUGCCCUUGACACCUUUUCUGAAACAAUGGCGUCAGCGAUUGCGUUGCGCAGGCAUUCCUGGUUGCAUUCUACCUUUCUUCAGUCUGACACUAAGGCCUACAUUGAGGACCUUCCUUUUGAUGGAGAGGGUCUAUUCCAUGCCAGUACAGACUCCGUCCUGCAGGGCAAGGAUAAGAGUAUCAAGGGUUCUCAUACCUUGGGAGUUGCUCCAUCGUCCAAGCCCUUCAAAUCUCAGUACUAGUCCAGAACAUGGUCUAAGCGCUCUUACCUAAAACACUCACCUGACCGUUCCUGGUGCCCUUGCUCAUCACCUGAGGGGCAGAGUAUGCCUCUAAGCCUUGGUACCCUGGGAGCACUCAAGCUGCCUGCUCCAAACAGGGCCUUUGACUUCUUUGCCAGUCAACUACAAACCACCACUCAUCUUGCCCCGUACCUCUCUGCUCGGCAUCAGAUUACAACCGACAAAUGGGUCCUCUCCAUUAUUUCCCUGGGGUACUCGAUAGAAUUUUUUCAGCACCCUCCUCUUCCAGUUGUCGUCACCACCCCAUCAUCCCCUGCACUUCUUCAAGAAAUUGGUGUCCUUCUUGACAAAAAUGCCAUAGAGGAAGUUCCAGUCAGUUCUUGGGGUACUGGAUUUUACUCCCGAUACUUCAUUGUUCCCAAGAGGGAUGGCGGCGUUAGACCUAUCCUAGACCUCAGGAGGCUGAAUUCCUUCAUCGUGUACCGCAAGUUCAGAAUGAUCUCCCUACAAUUUAUAUUUCCCCUAUUGCAAAAGGGGGUCUGGAUGGCCACUCUCGACCUUCGGGAUGCCUACUUUCAUCUGGCCAUCCUUCUCAUCGCCAGUACCUCCGCUUCACGAUAGGAGAUCUACAUUAUCAGUACAAGGCCUUUCCCUUCCCUUCGGCCUCUCUACAGCCCCAAGGCUCUUUACCAAGACCAUGUUUGUGGUUGCCGCCUUUCUUUGUCUGCAAGGCAUCACGAUUUUCCCCUAUACAAACUAUUGGUUUUUGGUCACAAAUUCCCCGAAACCAAUUGAUACUGGACAUCCAGACUACCUUAGAUCUACUUCACACUCUGGGCCUCUGUGUGAAUUGGGGAAAAUCUCAUCUUUGUCCCGCCCAGAGAGUACAAUUCAUCGGUGCGAUCUUGGUUUCUGUUACUUCCAGGGCUUAUCUGCCACCAGACAGAGCAGCUGCUCUACUCUCCCUCACUCAACGAGUCUGGUCUUCAGUCUCAAAUUCGGCAUUCGAAAUUCAGUGUCUCCUGGGACUAAUGGCCGCAACCACUGCGGUUCUCGUGUUUGCCAAGCUGCGGAUGCGACCGCUACAACUGUGGUUCCUAAGGAGCUUCAACCCUACAAGGCAGCUGCAAUCAACACCACUCUACCCCCCGAGUCUGUUUGGGACUCUCUAGCCUGGUGGGAACACAUCUCCAAUCUGGUCCAAGGUGCUCCGUUUCAUCGGCCCGAUCCUCAACUGACAUUGACCACGGAUGCAUCCUUGUGGGGCUGGGGUGCCCACCUGAAAGGCCUUUGCAUAGGGGGCAAAUGGGAAAGUGAUCUCCAGCACCAUCACAUCAAUUACCUAGAGCUCCUAUCAAAUUUGCACUCCAAUCUUUCCAGCCACUAGUUCUAGGAAAAUCGGUAGCCAUCUUCACAGACAAUACCACAGCCCUGAGCUACAUCAAUUGUCAGGGAGGGCACAGUGUCUCGUUGACUCUGUUCCCUGGCUCUGCAACUAUGGGACUGGUGCCUGUCUCAUAGUGCUUUUCUCCAUGCCGUACACAUUCCGGGAGCCCUGAAUGUUCAGGUGGACCUCCUCAGCAGGGGAGUCACGUGCCUUCAUGACUGGGAGUAGAACUGGACUUACCUGAAACUCGUCUUCCUUCAUUGGGGCCACCCGAUGGUGGAUGUCUUCCUUUGAUAUUGUCCUUCUACAGGAGACUUGGAUGUCUUCGCUACCCGGUCCAACAAAAAAUGUCCCCCUUAUGCUGUCGAGGAGGAGCGGUUCCUCUCUCUCUCUCGGCGAUGGCUUACUGUAUCCUUGGAGCCUCGAUUUCCUGUACAUGUUCCCUCCAAUGCCCCUUCUUCCACGGGUGGUGCACAAGAUUGCAGAGGACGACGCAGACUGCAUCUUGGUAACGCCAUGGUGGCCCAGGCAGACUUGGUUCCCGUUUCUUCGCCAACUUGCCAAGAACAAUUUUUACCACCUUCCGAUGGUUCAGGACCUCCUCAUGACGCUGGACAGACGUCUACAUUACCACAACAUCCCCCACUUGAAAUUAACCGCCUGGAGGAUUCGUUGUCCUGCUUCUCCCACCGGGUCUCAGAUGUUCUCCCGAACGCCCAGAAGUCAACGACUUGCAAGUCAUAUACCUGUGAGUGGUCCAGGUUUCUGACCGGCCUUGGUUCUCCUCAACUGCCACCUACAUUCGUGGGCCUUCACUGCAUUUUCGACUUCCUCCUUUCUUUGUCAGAUUCUGGUCUGUCACAUGCUUCUCUGUGGGUUUAUUUGGCAGCCAUUUCGGCUUA